GCAUAUAAAGCCAGCAAUCCAGAAAAGUACCAAGAAAUAACAGCGCCUGCUAUUGAUAUUCUUAGCACCUUUUUGGAGAGUGUGUCAAAGGAAAUUGAGGGAACUUUUCAAACAGCGCUGGAAUACAUCAAAGAGACCAAUCAACAAGGCGCGGAUAAAGCUCAGAUGUUUUUAGACGACUUUGGUCCUUCCAGGUUAAGAGGCUGUAAAUAUGAGGGCCAAUAUUCAGCAUGGAUUCAUGGAGAUUGCUGGUCAAACAAUAUGCUGUUUAAAUAUCUGGCAAAUGGGGACUUGGAGGACAUAAAACUCCUCGACCAUCAAUGUGGAAGAGAUUCAACUCCCGUCCAUGAUCUGUCUUACUGUUUCUACUCCGGAGCCUCCAAGCCCGACUUUGAUAAACUGGACUACUAUCUGGAUUUGUACUACCACAGUUUUUCGAAGUUCGCCAAAGAGUUGGGCGCUGAUCCAGACAAAAUGUUGCCUUUGGAAGCUCUGAAAAACGACUGGAAAAAGUACGCACUUAUGGGCAUUUACAUGGCAAUCGUGGCCGGGUCAUUGAAGUUCAUGGCGAAAAAGGAAUUCCAGGAUAGAAUGGCCGAAACUCCCAAAGAUCAGGACUUAAUUGCAAACAUUCUUCAGAUGAUCAAACAAAGCCGAGAGCAUCCUUCGUGGAAGAAGACACUGGCCGAUAUUUUGGUACACGCAGUUGAGUACGGGAUAAUUAAUUGACUUAUCUAUUAAAUUGUCUAAGUUUU